AUGAGUGGUGCAUUUAAUGGAUUGAAGACUUUGAUUAUGAAUGAAACAAAAUUUGCAUACUUUACUCAUUGUUUUGUUCACCAAUUACAGUUAGCCCUAGUGUUUGUUGCACAAAAUCACACGAAGGUUAAUGAUUUCUUUGAUGCGGUUUCUCGGCUAUUAAACAUUAUUGGAUCUUCCUACAAACGACGAGAUAAUUUAAGAAUAAAACAAGCAAAUAAAGUUAUGGAAGCCUUUGUUGAAGGUGAGCUUGAGAGUGGUACCGGUUUGAACCAAGAAGUGGGUAUCAAACGACCAUAUGAUACUCGAUGGGGUUCUCAUUUUUCAUCUCUAUUGGAUAUCAAGAACAUAUAUUCUUCCAUUUGUGAAGUACUUGAAGACCUUGGUAAAGCUAAUAGUGAUCGUGAUCGUAAAGUUGAAGCAAUUCGCAUCUUAAGGUUAUUAAAGUCCUUUGAUUUUGUGUUUUGUCUACGUUUGAUGGUUGAUAUAUUGGGAGUCACAAAUCAUUUGAAUACAAUAUUACAAAGAAAAGACCAAGAUAUCAUAAAUGUCAUGAAUCAAGUAAGCAGCUCUAAAAAAGCAAUUCAAGAAAUUAGAGAUGUAGGAUGGGAACCACUUUUAGGGAAUGUUACUUUGUUUUGCAAGAAACAUGAUGUUAGAAUCGGGGAUAUGGAAGAUGAAUAUUAUGAUGGAUUCAGUUGUCGAAGAGGUUCACCGGUUAACAACUUACACCAUUAUCAUGUUGAUGUAUUUAAGGCGGUGUGUGAUAUGCAACUUCAAGAGCUUAACCAUCGCUUUAAUGAAGCCAAUACGGAAUUACUUCUUUGCAUAGCUUGUUUGUGUCCGCGUGAGUCUUUUAAAGCCUUUGAUUUGGAUAAACUAAUGGAAAUGGCUACACUUUAUAGGGAAGAAUUUCAAACAGAAUAUGAUUUUCAAGUUCUUGAAGUUGAACUUAAAAAUUACAUUAAUGAUGUGUGA